AUGUCGCCCCGCAAGCCGAAGCCGCAACAUCACAAGAUCAAGUCCGAGUCCAGUCGCAAGGAAAGUCUCUCAAGCCCUUCCAGCCUUACGAGCAUCAGCCAAAGCACAUCAUCCUCUUCCGGCAGCGCCUCCGACGACAACCCUCCCGACACCGACCCCUACAGGACGCACGAUCUGUGGGAGCAAGUCGCCGCGGUCAAUCCCACCGACCUCAUCGUUGCGCCCAAGCCUCCGACCGCCCCGAAAGCUCCCUCCGACCCCAAAGCUCCUUCCACCAUGAGCAAGCCACUCUCACCCGACACGACCGACAUGCUCGGCACCCCCGAGUUCGAAGCCAUCCUCGCACUGCGCGGCAUCAAGGUCCUCGACGACGUCCGCGUAGCCAAGACGCAGGACGUCUGGCAGCACUUUGGAACCAGUCUUCCCGACGCCUUCCACGGCAACGAGCCCGCCUACUACAAGAACCUGCCGGGCGUACAGGCCGAGCGGAUCUGGCUCACAACGGACGACAAGACCGUCCAGGCCAUCGUGGACGAGUGGGCUGCCUUGCGCGAGCUCAACGCCUCUGAGCACGGCGUCGCCGUCUACGAACACCUCUUGAAGCGCGAGUGCCGCCGCCCUGUCUCUGGAUCCGGCACCAACACCAAGGACACGGGCUUCGUCCCCGAGCGCGCCAUCAUGCACGCCAUCGCGCCCAAGUCCAAGGAGCCCUGGCACGCGCCGCCGCUGCUGGACACCGACGACGCCGUGACGCCCGACACCGCCGCCGCAGCGGCCCUCUUCGACAUCCGCCCAGGCGCGACGUACUUCCUGUCGCCAUCCGCGUUCGACGCGCGCACCUGGGCUGCCGCCGCCGACUACAUCCACCUGGCGCCGCCGCAGCAGCUGCUCGCGCCGUACUUCACCGUCUCCCACGCCGCCGUCUCCGCGCCAACCGCCCACCUCACUGCCGCCCACACCAUCGCCCUCGCCGCCGCCAUCGCGCUCUACAACCGCUUCCGCCUCCAUCGCAAGCGCCUCCAGAUCCGCCAGGAAGUGCACGUGGAUGCCCACGCCCUCCGCCACUACGGCCUCAGCGUCGCCGGCGCCGACUACGCCGUCUGGUGCGCGCGCGUGCGCGUCUCGCCUGGUGGCGACUGGGAGGGCUGUACGGUGCGGCGGGUUGCGCGCGGGAGUAUGCUGCUGCACGAGCAGGUGCGGGAGUGCGUUCGGUGGGUCGAUGAGGUGCAUCGUUGGGGUUUGGGCGUGUGGGCUGAGGGCGUGAGAGAGGAUGCUGGGGUUUGUGUUGGUAGGGGACGGGGUGGUGUGGGUGGGUGGAUUGCUGGUGGCGGUGGGGACGGGGGAGGAAAGAUCAGCCCUAGGAAGGCGGGUGCUGAGAGGGAGAAAGACAGAGACAGAGAGCGUGACCGCGAGAAGGAGCGAGAGAAGCGCGGACGUGGCACGAACACCACGAGCGGGGAGGAGGAGCGAGGCCGUCCCGUCAAGCGCAGAGAGGUUGGCGCGAAGUGA